AUGUUUAUGGCGGGAAAAGAGCAGAAGGUUAAUCAAGCGUUCCAAGUCUUCUUUAUAGGCACUUCUGUUGCGAAUUUUCUUAUCAACACCAAUCGGGUUAUAAAAGGCAUCCAGUUAGCCGAAGAAUGCCUCAUUUUCCUGAACAACACGGUGCUGAGGGAAAAUAGCAAAAUCUUCCAUGAACUCUAUCGUUCCAUAUGUUUUACAAUCUCCAAGGCUUAUCGUAAUAUUUAUGAUUACACAAGAGCAAUUGAAUGGGGCGAAAAAAUUCUUGAGAGCACGGUCCAACUAUUUGGAGAAUUUAGUGAUGAGGUGGGCUCAGUAGCCAUUAUGCUGGCAGUUUUGUAUGAUCAGCACCUUGAAUAUGAGAAAGCAAAGGAACUGUUGGAGAAAGCACUGCGCAUCAAGCAAGAGACUGGUGACAGAGACGAUGAAGCAACGUGUUACAGACACCUCGGGACACUCUUUCAUUAUCUCGGGGAAUACCAUAACGUUAAGAAAUAUGUCGAAAAGGCACUUGAGAUACGACAAGAAAUUGGUGACAAAUCAGUGGAACUAGCUAGAUGCUAUAGAGACCUAGGGGUUGUAUUUGAAGCACUCGGACAAUAUGACAAGGCCGUGGAAUAUAUUGACAAGUCACUUUUGAUAAGUAGAGAAAUAGGAGACAGAAAAGGAGAGGCAAAAGAUUACGUAUACAAAGCAAAAGUGUCUUGCUCAGUCGGUGAGUAUGCUGCCGGUAAAAAUUUCGCGCAGAAAGCACUUGCAAUUCAAAAAGAAAUCGGCGACAGAGAAGGCCAGGCUGGGCCUCAUUCCUAUUUUGCCUUGUUCUUCUGCCACCAUGGUCAGUAUGCCAAGGCUGUACAAUGCUUUAGGGAGUCGCUUUUGAUAGCGAAAGAAACGGGACGCACGGAUGCGGAAACCCGUUGUUAUAUAAACCUAGGAACUACUUACUGUCAUCUUGAAGAAUAUGCCGAGGCUAAGGAGAAUAUUGAAAAAGCACUUAAAAUAAGUAAAGAAAAUGGGGAUCUCGAAAAACAGUUUGCGUGCCAUUACAACCUAGCAUGGAUUAUGAUAUUUGAAGGCAACCCAGAGGAGAGUAUUUCGAAUCUCUUUUCUAGCAUCCAACACUGCGAGGACUUGCGCGGUUUUUUAGGGGACCAUGACCCGCAUAAGGUGUCUCUUUUAGACAAACACUUCCAACCCUACCAAACUCUCAGUGAGUUGUUUUGUAAGAGAGGAGAUUAUGUUAAAGCAUUGUACGUUUUAGAGCUUGGACGAGCCAGGGCUUUAACAGAGUUAAUGUCAACUCAGUAUUUUGCUGGAAAGCAAAUUACAAUGGAUCCACAAUCAUGGAUGGGCAUUGAGGGGAUCAUCAAGAAAGGAAGUAACUUUACUUGUCUAUACAUAUCAUAUGUCGUGCUGGAUAUUUAUUUGUGGAUUUUGAAUCAGAAACAGUCAGUGCAUUUCCGACAUGUAAAAAGAAAUGAAACUGUUUCGACUAUCGGACCGGUGGGAAAUUUGAACGCCUUUCUAAGAAUCCCACCCUUUAGAGGGUGUCAGAAGCUACCUCAAGGGCAUUGCGAGGAUCGAUCAAUGUUCCCUUUGGUCGCUUGCUCCUCGUCUCAGGAAGAUAUAGUUGCAGCUCUCCGCCUUGUUGAAUUGGAUGAAGACCAUCAAGAAGAAGAACCGACACCAACUCUUGAGCUACUUUACAAGAUUUUCAUCGCUCCAAUGGCUGACUUGCUCGACGAACCCGAAGUUCUCAUUGUUCCUGAUCGUUCCUUGUACAAAAUUCCAUUCGCAGCGUUAAAGGAUGAAAAUGGAAAGUAUCUUUCGGAGACUUUCCGGAUCCGCAUUGUUCCAUCUUUGACGACUCUCAAGCUCAUUCAGGAGAGACCAGCAACCCAGUGUAAUGAUAGGAGCGUGCUGAUAGUCGGUGAUCCUGAUGUUAGCUAUGUGAGGCCUAGGUUAUCUCAACUGUCUUUUGCAAGAAAGGAAGCGAAAAUGAUCGCCGAAUGGUUGGGUGUUCAACCAUUGUUAGGGUGUCAAGCAACAAAGCAGGCGGUACUUGAAGUGAUGCAUUCAGCAAGUUUGAUACAUUUUGCUGCACAUGGUGAUGCCGAAAGAGGAGAAAUUGUUCUUGCUCCAGUGCGACCUGUCAACAGAACUUUGCGUCAAGACGAUUUCGUGUUAACAACGGCUGACGUUUCCGAAGUUAAACUUACGGCGAAACUAGUUGUUUUAAGCUGUUGUCACAGCGCACAAGGACACAUUAGAGCUGAGGGAGUGGUUGGAAUUGCUCGAGCGUUUCUAGGAUCCGGUGCACGCUCAGUGUUGGUGGCGUUGUGGGCCAUAGAAGACAAAGCAACAGAGCAGUUGAUGGGACGUUUCUACGAGCACCUUCUGUGUGGUGAAAGUGCAAGUGAAUCUCUUCACCAGGCUAUGAAGUGGAUGCGAGAGAACGGCUUCCCUGAAGUGAGGGAGUGGGCUCCUUUUAUGCUGAUUGGAGACAACGUGACGUUUGAUUUCAGAAAGUGAAGGUUAGUCUUUUGACGCAGAAAUAUAAAAAACAUAUUCGUGUGCAUAGUUUGUCAGUUGAGAUUCUAUGUUUCACCAUUUUCAACAACAGCCCGGUUCCCAGGGUUUUCCUUAAGAAAAUUGGGAGAGGUGGCCCCUCUCAAUUUCCAGAGAGAAAAAUUGCGAACGAGCUUGGUUCAACAAGCAAUCGUUUUUUCGUCCUUAUUCGAGAAGACUAGAAACAUGUACGUCAUUACAUGGCAGCACUUUCUUCUCUGAGUUUUUCAAACACCCUGAGUGUUGUGUUGGUCCGGCCUGGAUUAAUCCCUCCACCUCCCGCUCAGCAGACCGGCGCUCUCCCAACUAGGCUAACCAGGUGGCGAUUCUGUAAAGUCAUGAGAGCAAAAGACACACCCAAGAAAUGAAAAUGGCCUUAAUUACAGUGGAACCCCGCUCUACGGACACUCGCUUAAUGUGGACACCUGUAUAUAACGGACAGUUUCGUUUGUCCCGACGAAAAAAAAAGCUCAUAUAUUUUUUCUAAAAUUAACCAGCUUCAAAAAUAAAUAAAACAAAUGGAAGGUCUUUAUUGUUUUUUAAGCAAAAAUACAUGCUAAAACCAAGAACAUUUACAUUAAAAAUAGCAGAAGGAAUUACAAGGCCGGCUUAAAAAAUUCCAUGUGGAAACAUUGAAUUUAACAUUCAAGAUCCGCAUUACAUUAAAUAGGUACUCUUAUUUGAAAAAUAGCCUGUUAAAAAAACUAUUUCGAAACGCUGGGUAUUAACCCUAGGAAGUUGACUGUCAGGAACUUGAAGGCGCGCUGAACUGGAACUAAACUGAACUGGGUAUACUGGAGAUCUUCUUGAAUAGUGAGCGAUCUACGUCUUCUAAUACGUUAUAUAUGUCAAUUUGGUACGAAGUAUACUUGCGUUUAAAACAGCGCUGUAGAAAAUUCUGGAUCGUUGAUAAUUCAGGUAUUGAUGAGGCGUAUACAGGUAGACCGUACGUUAGUACUAUAGCAUGUCCCGUCGGUGUCCGUAUUAACGGGGUUAUACUUAGUUGAUCUUACAAAAUACAUCCUGCCUGUACUAUACCUAUGCAAACAGCAUUUCGCCUCAUGAGAGCUGUUGUGAUUUGGUCCUUAUUUGCUCAUGAAGCAAAAAAGUACGUUUUAUGGGAACCUUCAUUGCUCCAUUUCUUGUUCUCAGUCUAAGUAAUGGCAACGGAUUAAAACUAAACUAGAAAUUUGACAAACCCCGAGGUAAAGGUGUAUCAGUAGUACACUUUCAAUGCAAUGAUUUACUUAGAAAUCUUCGAGACCUGGAAAUAUGUUUUGGAUGCUUUGACUAGUACGAUGUUUACAAUAUAAGUGUACGGGUGAGUUCUGCAAGUAAUGAUUAAGUUUGUGUAGCUAAUAAAUGCCUUGUUAAGUAGGUUUGACUGGAGGAUUACUUGUUUUACUCGGAGUUCCAUGGGUCAAUAAAAUGAAUGGUGUACGGCCUUAUUGUCACUGAAAAAAUGUUAGUUAGUCAGAUGUGCUUCAUAAAUCAGAUAAAUAUAAACGAUUUAACAGGCCAGUUUUUUGUUUUGUUUUUUUGUUCCUCGCAGGAGUAACUCGAUUGAAGGUAGACGAAGGAAAAAUGGACUCGGCUCUAGGAAAAUUGUAAAUACACUACUCCCCUGGACGUUCAAACGUCUGUGUUUUGUGCAAUUGUUGAAGUUUGUUUGA